AAAUAAUGUAAAUAGAACAACCACAGAUUAAAAAGUAAUAUGAAAAAGCUCAUGUUUCUUUAUAUCACAAACAAAUUCCGUAUUUACCAUCAACUAUCACUGCUCUCUCAAAUAAUUAGAAUUAACAAUUAUUGCUUGUUGGCAAAGAAAAUGGAGUCAUUGAAAUUUAUUCUUAUCCAACUUAUACAUAAAUUUCACUAUGCUGUUCUAUCAACAGUCAAAUUAGAUCUCUAUUUUGGAUAGAUGAACAAUGUAAAUAUCUUAAUUAUCAACAUAGAUUUCAUAUGUGCGUAUUUGAGUGGUCAAAUUUCAUUAUUUAAUAUUCACGAUUAUAAACCUUUAAAUAAUUUUUAAUUGCCAGAUAAUAUAAAUAUUUAUCAAUCUAUUUCAACAGCUGAUUCAUAAUUUAUAUGUGCUUGUAGUGAUGGUUCCAUCAGAAAAUUUGAGUAUUAAAACAAUAAACUCUAUCAAAUUCAAUAAUCAUAAUAAUUAGAUUGCUAAUGCUUAUCAAUUGCUAUCAAUAAAGAAUAUGUUUAUGCAUCAUUUUCUAAUGGAUCCAUUAGACAAUUAACUUAUAAAACAUUAUUACAACAAUAAACAUGGCAAUUAAACAUUAGUAGUUCAAAAAUAGCCAAAGCUAAUGUAAUUAUUCCAUGGAAACUGUGCAUUUGUAAUAAUAAUCUUUUCAUUGCUUCAUCCAAUGGAAGUAUUAUAAUUUAUGAGACAUAAUUUAAUACAGAAAUCCAAUAAAUUUAAACACAUAUGUCAGAUAUUCUUACUUUGUAUCCAAAUCUUCAUAAUGUUUAUGUAAGUGGAGUUGAUAGCAAAGUUGUUUGUUUAUCUUACAAUGGAUCAUAAUUUUAAAUUACUUAAUAAAUAAGAGGAUAAUCUCAUGAUAUAUAUGCAUUUGAAAUCAUUAAAAACAAUAUCCUUAUAUCUGGUGGUUUGAAUACUGAUAUCUGUUAUUAUAAAUUAGAUUAAAAUGGUUAACUCUUAUAAUAAAAUUAGUUUACACAUAUCUUCACUAUUCCAAGAAGCGAAUAAUUCAUAUGUAAUCAUUAAUACAUAGCUAUUAAUAAAUAUAAUUCUAUUGAUUUGCUAUCUUAUGAUAUCGAAUCUGAUCCUAUAUAUUGGUGUGAAUUCAAACUUUAAAAACCAGCUCAUUUUAUUAAAUUAACGAAAAAGUUCGUGUGUUAUGGAUAAAGCGAUUAAACUAUUAUUAUGAAUGAAGUAGAUAAAUAAUUUAAAAAAUUCAAAAUUUAUCCACAUUUCAAGGAUAUGGAGUUUGAUCAUACUUUAAAUACAUUUUAUAGUAUUGAUAAAGAUGAUAAACUCUUUAAACAUAAAUUUAAUGGUUAAUCACAAUUUAUAACUUAAUUAAUUCAUGGCUAACCUAAAUUAAUGAAAUUUGUUAAUAAGAAAACUUUGAUUAUUACUUAUCCACACUAACAAAAAUUCAUUUCUGUCAAUGUAAUUAACAAUAAGGUUGAUGAAAUUGAUUGCAGAUCUAAUCAAAAUUAUGUAACUAAUAUCUUAAUUAUAAAUGGUAAAUGUAUUAAAAUACUUGUAACUUAUGCUUCUCAUAUUUUUGCCAUUUACAAUUAUGAUUUCUAAUAAUAAUUGUGGUAAAUGAAUUCAUAUUCUAAAGAACAUAUGAUGCAUUCUCCUCUCAAUAUUACUCUUCUAAAAGAUCCAAUAAGAGGAGCAAUCACAGAUAAUCAAGAUAGCAAAAGAAUGUUGUUAUUUACAAAGUAAGAAUCUUUAUCAAAUUAUUAUAGUAAUCAUUUUAUUCGACUCCAUUAAAGAGGGAUUCCACCUAAAGAAGUGAAGGAAUAAGAAUUUAGUAAGAUGCUAGAACAAGAAAAAAAGAAUAAUGGCUAAAAAUUAGAUAUAGUAGAUAAUUAUGCAUUAAUCUAUCAUAAUUAUGUGAUUUUGAAUUGCUUGCAUAUAAGCAACUAAAAUUAUAUUUUAUUAGAAUGGGAUAAAUAAGCCACCUUUUCCUAAAUUCAAGGAGCCUUUGAUGGAAAAAAAUAUAAACAUUGA